UUGUGUGACCUAUCGGGGUCUAUCGUGAAAUUUCGUGUGUUUUUAUUUUAGUUAAAUCAUCAUUUUUUGGGGCUGGCCAAGAGCGUGACCCGGGAAUUAGGGAGCUCUUCGGUUAUAAAUCAGUAUUCGCAGGGGCUGACGACUAAUCGGGCUAAUCGGGACCUGUCAACGAAAUAGUGUUUUGUGUUUGGACUCGGUGGAGUUACGUAGUCGCAGCCGGUCCGCGAUUGGGAAAUAAUGUUGAAGGGCCUGCGGCAUGUGCGGAAUGCGCUGCAGCGCGGUGGAUCUCAGCUGGUCCAGCUCCGCAGUGCCACAGGACAACCGCCAAGGAUUGGGCGGGAACUGUCGCUCCUUCAGCUCAGCCGGCGGCAGGUGAUGCAGCUGCAGGCGGAGUACAAGGCGAUUGUGGGCCUAAUAGCGCGCUCCCUGCAGCUGACCCCAAAGGAGGUAAGACUGAUGCACCUGCGCAGCCUGAGCAGCACCGCAAAACCUCCAACCGCUUCGGAUGGCAAAACGGAAAAGCAUGGACAGCCCGAGAAGGCCAGUGCCAAGGAUAAAGAUGAUUCGUCGAAGGAUAAAAAAUCAGCUGUCGCGGCGGAGGAUGGCGACAAGAGCAGCAGAGCGCCAGGAGAGGAGGCUGCCAGUACUCCUAGUUCUAGCAGUACCAUUGGUGAGCCCGGCGAAGAUCCCAACAAAAACAACAACGAGAAUGACGAAAAGAUGCGUUCUGUACUGACCAAGGCCGUACUGUGGCUCUUUACCAUCUACAUGUUUGUGGCCUUCUUUUCCCUGCUAAUUACUCCGCGUUCCGAGAGACCCGAGGGUUCCACGCGCUACGUGUCGUGGAACGAGUUCGUGCACCACAUGCUGGCCGUGGGUGAGGUCAAGGAGCUGAUCAUCAGACCCGACAUGGAAAUGGUGACCAUCAUUCUGCACGAGGGAGCCGUCAUCAAGGGUCGGAAGGUGUCCUCGACCAUCUUUCAUAUGGCGGUGGCCGAUGCCAACAAGUUCGAGGAGAAGCUGCGUGAUGUGGAGAAGCGCUUGGGCAUCAAGGAUGGUGUGCCGGUGACCUACGACCGGCAGACGGACACCACCGGACGUAUUCUCAUGCUGCUUCUCGUCUGCGCCCUGCUUAUGUCCAUUGCCACCCGCAUGAAGAGCAUCAAGAGCCCGCUCAGCAUGGAUUCAUUCAACCAAAUGGGCCGUGCCAAGUUCACGCUAGUUGAUCCUUUCGAUGGCGGUCGCGGUGUGCUUUUCCGGGACGUGGCCGGUCUCAGUGAAGCGAAACAGGAGGUUAAGGAAUUUGUGGAUUACCUCAAGUCGCCGGAGAAGUACCAGCGGCUGGGCGCCAAGGUGCCACGAGGAGCCCUACUCUUGGGUCCACCAGGAUGCGGCAAGACGCUACUGGCCAAGGCGGUCGCCACCGAGGCCCAGGUGCCGUUUCUCAGCAUGAACGGCUCCGAGUUCAUCGAGAUGAUUGGCGGUCUGGGGGCCGCGCGAGUGCGUGAUCUGUUUAAGGAAGGCAAAAAACGGGCGCCAUGCAUCAUUUACAUCGAUGAGAUAGACGCCAUCGGUCGGCAACGUUCGGGAACUGAAAGCAUGGGACAGGGCAGCUCUGGCGAAUCGGAGCAGACGCUCAACCAGCUGCUGGUCGAGAUGGACGGCAUGGCCACCAAGGAGGGCGUGCUGAUGUUGGCCAGUACGAAUCGAGCUGAUAUCCUAGACAAGGCGCUGCUGCGACCCGGUCGCUUUGAUCGCCACAUUCUCAUCGAUUUGCCGACGCUUGCGGAGCGCAAGGAGAUCUUUGAGAAGCAUUUGUCAUCGGUGAAACUGGAGUCGUCGCCCACGACCUUCUCACAACGCUUGGCCCGCCUGACACCGGGUUUUUCGGGUGCUGACAUCGCCAACGUGUGCAAUGAGGCCGCCCUGCAUGCGGCGCGGAACACACAGACGGAGGUCAGCAGCAAGAAUCUUGAGUACGCCGUUGAGCGCCUAGUUGGCGGCACUGAGAAACGUUCGCAUGCCCUGUCGCUGGCGGAGCGCAAGGUGAUCGCCUACCACGAAUCGGGACACGCGCUGGUGGGCUGGAUGUUGCCCAACUCGGACAUCCUGCUUAAGGUGACCAUUGUGCCGCGCACCAGUCUGGCGCUCGGCUUCGCCCAAUAUACGCCCAGCGAACAGCAUUUGUACAGCAAGGAGGAGCUGUUCGACAAGAUGUGCAUGGCGCUCGGCGGGCGCGCUGCCGAGAAUCUAGUCUUUAACCGCAUAACGACGGGUGCUCAAAACGACCUGGAGAAGGUGACGAAGAUCGCGUACUCGCAGAUCAAGAAGUUCGGCAUGAACGACACCCUCGGUCCCAUCUACGUACGCGACGCGGAUGAGACCGAGGGCGGCGGUGCGAUGGGCAGCGGUGGCAAGAAGCCCUUCUCGCGGGCCAUGGAGAGCAUGAUCGACAACGAGGCGCGGCAUGUGGUGGCGAGUGCCUACCAAACCACCGAGGGCAUACUCACUACGCAUCGCGAUAAGCUCGAGAAGCUGGCCGAAGCUCUGCUGGAGAAGGAAACGCUGGACUACGACCAGGUGGUGCAGCUAAUCGGACCCCCGCCAUACGAUCUGGGCAGGCGGCAGGUGGAGAGCGUGGAGUUUGAGCAGUCACUGAAGAACCUAAGCACCGACACGGACACCACAAAAGCCUGAGGCCAUGGGUCCAACUCAGAUCCCAGCUCAGAUACCAAGUCAUAACCAUAGUCUUCGUACGCCACGUGCCCCUAGUCGCUCACCUUUUCGCCCGCCCCUGGCUCAUGUGCGUUGAAUGUAAAUAAAGUUGUUUACCUUUCUACAUGA